ACCAAUACAUGUGAAAAGAGGCUGAUUGGUUUUAUUAAACUGACUAUAAUGAAAUAUCAAGCCCUAUUAUUCUUCACCUUAUGUUGUUCUUCAACUUUACGAUUUUAAUAGUAUAUUAAAUUCUUAUCGAGUUUCUUUUGUGUGAGAAGUGGGAAUUGAUUGUUAUCACAAGCUUGGCACGCUUUUCUGUCAUCUUGAAAGAUUAAUCAGAAUAUUUGAUUAUAUGAUAUUCAUGCAUGAUAAAACCAAUACAUGUGAAAAGAGGCUGAUUGGUUUUAUUAAACUGACUAUAAUGAAAUAUCAAGCCCUAUUAUUCUUCACCUUAUGUUGUUCUUCAACUUUACGAUUUUAAUAGUAUAUUAAAUUCUUAUCGAGUUUCUUUUGUGUGAGAAGUGGGAAUUGAUUGUUAUCACAAGCUUGGCACGCUUUUCUGUCAUCUUGAAAGAUUAAUCAGAAUAUUUGAUUAUAUGAUAUUCAUGCAUGAUAAAACCAAUACAUGUGAAAAGAGGCUGAUUGGUUUUAUUAAACUGACUAUAAUGAAAUAUCAAGCCCUAUUAUUCUUCACCUUAUGUUGUUCUUCAACUUUACGAUUUUAAUAGUAUAUUAAAUUCUUAUCGAGUUUCUUUUGUGUGAGAAGUGGGAAUUGAUUGUUAUCACAAGCUUGGCACGCUUUUCUGUCAUCUUGAAAGAUUAAUCAGAAUAUUUGAUUAUAUGAUAUUCAUGCAUGAUAAAACCAAUACAUGUGAAAAGAGGCUGAUUGGUUUUAUUAAACUGACUAUAAUGAAAUAUCAAGCCCUAUUAUUCUUCACCUUAUGUUGUUCUUCAACUUUACGAUUUUAAUAGUAUAUUAAAUUCUUAUCGAGUUUCUUUUGUGUGAGAAGUGGGAAUUGAUUGUUAUCACAAGCUUGGCACGCUUUUCUGUCAUCUUGAAAGAUUAAUCAGAAUAUUUGAUUAUCUGGGUAAUAUAUAGAACUCUCCACAUUUUAUUUUAUAAAAUGCUUUAUUGGAUAGAAUUUUGUUAUAUUUCAUGUAUGACUUCUAUUUUACCCAGUGGAUAAUGGUCCAAUAAUUGGAGAGUGGUCUUAAAAUGGUUUUGCUUAUCUGAACAAAGAAUGGAAACAGUACUUGUGCAUCUAGACAGAUCUAUUAGUUUAUCAGUUAGAAAAAAAUUAUUGACAUUACCAAUCAUGUGAAACUCAUUUCUUGAAAUAUACAAGCCUUCUCUAUAUAUACUUUUUCCUGUUAUAUACAGUCAACCAGAUCUGGGAUGGAUGAGAAGGUUGCAACAAAUACUUGGUCGGAAACACCAGCGGAACCUGCAUGCUAUAUAUGUUCUUCAUCCUUCUUUUCACCUGAAGGCUACGAUAUUUGCUCUGCAAUUAUUUGUUGAUAAUGUGACCUGGAAAAAAGUGGUAUAUGUUGAUCGGCUUCUACAGCUGUUCAGGCAUGUUCCUCGGGAGCAGUUGACCAUUCCAGACUUUGUUUUCCAGCAUGAUUUAGAAGUAAGUGGAGGAAAGGGUCUUAUUGUGGAUCCCAGAACAAAAUAUGUGUAUCAUCGACCAUAGGGAUUCAUAUGCAGUUCCACUUGGGUGACAACCCUAGUCCACAGAUUGUGGUUUUUCAGUUUUUUGUCCCGCAUUCGGCUCUUCGUUAAGCGGGCAGCUACUGCAUUUGGUGAUAAUAGUGUACAAAUUGUAUCUGAUUUUUCCCUUCUUUUUUUUUUUUUUUCUUUUUAUUUCAGUUGCAUUUGGUGUUAAAAUCUGUACAAAUAGUAUUUCGUUUUUCUUAUUAUUUUUUAUUUGAUUUCUUGAGAGAUAAUGCAUUGGUUUCGAAGUUGGAAAUAAUAAUGUUAGUCUGUAUUAUUUGUUGGUUCUCAAUAAUAAAAGGCAUUUUACCUUA